UCAUGUAGACAUAGAUGAUGGCGAAUAGUUUAUCGAACUCGACUGCCGUUCUCAGUUCCGAGGACUCUACAACUCCCUGGCCAGCCAUUAUCAUGUUCACAGCUGGAGUUACAGGAAAUGUCUUAGCACUUAUUGUUUUGAUCAAAUCCCCGAAGGAACAGCGUCGCUCUGUGUUCUAUCGGUUGGUUGGAGUUCUAGCCCUUACGGAUCUUUUAGGCAUAUGUGCGACAACACCAGUCACUUUCAUGGUUUACGCCAAUCAGAUUCGAUUAAAGGAAAAACCACAAAUCUGUAAUUACAGCUCUUUCAUGAUGAUAUUCUUUGGAUUUGCAACCGUCUUUGUGGUGGCGGUCAUGGGAGUUGAGCGUUAUUUAGCGCUGAUGCACCCGUUCUUGUACAGUGAAAAGGUGACCACGUCCAAGGUGACACAAACGCUGAUAGGGUUUUUCGUGGCGGCUCUCAUAUUAGGAUCACUGCCCUUAUUAGGUUUGGGCUCAAACGUUGUCCAUUACCCCGAUACCUGGUGCUUCUUUAAUUUCAAUGGUGAUACAAUUGAAGACAGUAUAUAUGCGUUUCUUUAUUCGUGUGUCGGUAUAUUGAUGAUACUAAUGCUGAUUUUUACAAAUGUGAUAGUCACCUGUCUGCUGAUCAAGAUGAGACGGUCGUCUGCUCUUCCACACUACAGUAGUAACAGAGGACCGCCGGAACAGGAACUCCAAAUGAUUGUUUUCCUCUCAGGAAUUACGUUUACCUUUGUAGCCUGCUGGUCACCUCUAAUGGUUGUGGUAUUACUGAAACAGGCGGAGAUGACGAAUUUUUCAGAGGAUUUAGACUUGGUAGUUAUCAGAUGUGCUGCCUUUAAUCAAAUAUUAGAUCCUUGGAUUUACAUUCUGUUACGAAGACAAUUGGUGGGUAACAUAGUAACGGGUCUUCGUAAGUCAGUAUCCAGGUGUAAAAAGAACGAAACAACUUCAGACAAUUCGAAUGAUGUGAUGGACCAGUUCGAUGCUAUAUCGACAUCCAGUCAAAAUGUAACUGGACACACAAACGGGUCUUUUCUUGACUCGACACACAGCGGUAGUUCAUCCAUAAAUGGGAUAAAUGGAUCCGCCAUUGCAACUAUCAGCAAUGGCGCUCUUGUGACGUCAAAUGGCAUAUCUCACGUCGACCAAAAAAUUAAAGAAAACUCAUUAACCAAGCUUCCGAACGGCAGUGGUAAAUCCAAUGGUGGGUUUGUACAGAGUGAUUCAGAUGAAACUUCGACGAUUGGGGAGCUCACGAACGGCACAAUCAUCUGUUCACAACUGUGA